AUGGUGAACUUGCCAAGAGAUAUCUUAUCAGACAUCCUGAUCCGGUUGCCUGUGAAGUCUAUUGCACGAUUCAGGUGCGUAAACAAUGAGUGGCUCAAUUUAUUGAAAAGCUCUGAAUUUCUUAAAACACAAUACCAGCAUGCUGUUGAAAUGGACAAAUUUAGUAUCAUGCUCCCCAGUAAUGGUUAUAUAGAUACCUUAAGUUACGAUCCAUUUUCCUCUACAUGCGAGGAAUCUAGUCAUGACAUACGCCUAGUUGAAUCUACCGAGAGGGGAAUUGAGUUUCUUGGAUGCUGUAAUGGCUUGGUUUUGUUAAAGCAUGUUAAUAAGUUUCACUCGUGUGUUCUUAUGUUAUGGAACCCAUGUUCUAACGAAUGUAAGAGAGUACCAAAUCCCCCUGGUGCAUCAAAGGAUCGAAGUAGGAUGUAUGUAGAAUAUGGACUUGCAUAUGAUUACCAAAUUGAAGAUUUUAAAGUGGUAUGUUUAGCGGAGUCUCUUAACAAUAAUUGGUGUAAGGUUCAUGUUUAUACGCUUAAAUCAAAUUCAUGGAGAAGAGUUCAUGGUGUCAAGAUGGAUGAUUUUUCUGAUAGGGUGUUUUCUAUGGCUCGUCUGCCUGUUAAUGGAUCUCUUCAUUGGAUAAUAAAUGAAGAAGGGACUGAAUUCAGAAAUGACCGUUUUAUUCUUUGUUUUGAUAUUGAGAAAGAGAAGCUUGAUAAGAUGCCACUGGAUAUCCUUGAUGAUGCUGCCGAACCAUUUUUAUGUGUAUUAUGUGGAUCACUUUGCUUGUUUUGUUAUGAUUCUAAGGUUAUAAGUGUGUGGGUGUCAAAGGACAACGGAGUGAUGAAAUCAUGGGCCAAACUAUUCACCAUUGAGUUAGAAAAACAUUUUGGGGAAGUUUACAAUUAUAUACCCUUGCAGUCGUUAAAGAAUGGAAAAAUCUUGUUAGGGUUAAACCUGGGUGAUUAUUUAUUGCAUAUGGUUAUAUAUGACCCAAAACAAGACUUAUUUCUGGAUAUCCAUCAAGUCCCGGUGGUUUCCUCUCUCAGAGUAGCUGUAUAUAUGGAGAGGCUAAUUUCGCUUGACACGGGUAUAUAUCUAGGGCCAGCACAAUGGAAAGCCUCCCACAAAGAAGAUGAGGCUAACUAUAAAGAUGAUGCCGAUGUUGAUGAUGUUGACGACCAUGACAGUGAUACAGGAGAUGGUGACAGUGAUGGUGAUUAA